UUCAAUCUCUCUCACUGCUUCUCCUCCUACUCUUGUGUGCUCCAACCAACUCCUCGAAUUCCUAAUGCAAUCCCCAAUCCCAUCCCAACUUCCCUCUCCCGAUCCCCCUCGCAUCCAUUGAAUCCGACCUUUUACCUUCUGCGAUCCUUUUCUUGAUUUUUUUCUUCUUUUUUGGGUGAAUUUUGUGGAAGAUUUCUUUGCUUUUGAGUCGGAGGAGGAGGUGACGCUGGAGACGGAAGAGGCGAGAGAGGAAUCCAUGAAGAUGGGGAAGCAGGAAGAGAGGGAGAUGGAGAUGUUGUUGGAUGAAAUCCCUCAUGCCACGUCUCCCCAUCUCCCUCAUCCCCAUCUCGGUCAUCAUCGCCGCUUCCAUGGUGAUGAUGCUCUUGGCGUGCAUGUGCCUGGUCUCGAUGAGCUAUCGCCAGUUCGUGGGUUUUAUCCUGUCCAUGGCUGUGGGCAUGGGAGGGGGCCUGACCAUGGUGACCGCCAUGCACGCCUCUCGCCGCCGCCCCUCCCCUCGGAAGGAUCGUUGGUGUUGGGCUUUCUCUCCCCUGCCGCCGAUGAACUGGCCCGCCAGCAUACGGGGCGGAUGGUCGAACGAUUAGGCUUGCUCGACAAACUUAGCGGUAUGCAUCUCGGAGUUGAUCCGAAAUUACCAAUUGGUCGUCCGCUGAUGCCGGCAUCAGCAUCCGAGAACAACCCGAUCAACCCUUCUGUGCCUGAGACUAAUUAUACCGACGAUACAUUUCAGAUUGGCGUUAAUUGUCACUCAGUUAUUCCCAACUCUCUGUUAUUUGGUCUGGAUAAGAAUCCAUGCUCGUCUCAAUCGCAGCAGCAGCAUUGCUAUGCGGAUGCUAAUUUUUUCGAGCCAUGGCUCGACAAUUUCCCUUAUGGAGCAACUGAAUUGGGAACUGAUGGUGUCCUUGGACGAACUCCUCACUGUAGGGCUAAUCUUGGCGGGGGUUUUGUUUCCCGUAUUAAUCAACCUUAUCCAGUUUCUAAUAUGUUCUUGCAGUCGGAGAAGAUUAGAAUAGAUUCCAGUUGGAAUAGGAACACUUUAAAUGCCUCGAGGUUACCUGACUUUUCAGUGUCAAAUGGAUGCAUCGAAACACCCUCUGCUAAUCUUGAGGUUCAGCCAGGAAGAAUCCUGAGAAACCCUGAGGUGUUUGGAUCCGAUGACAGUUUAAUUAUAGAGGGUAAGGAGCUCCAUUGCAUGAGGUGCCCAUUGAAUUAUCCCCUGAAGGGGACUAAACUAUCGCAGUUUGAUGGACGCCUGUAUGCACGAGGAGUCUCGGUGAAGCUACCGAAUUUUCUGCCAAAGUAUGACAAUGUGAUGGAUGUCAAAGGAUGUAUGUACUUUGUUGCAAAGCACCAGCAUGGGUGUCGGUUUUUGCAGCAGAAGCUUGAUGAAGGGAAGCAUGUGGUAGAUGUGAUUUUUAAUGGGGUCAUCAAUCAUGCCAGUGAGCUCAUGAUCGAUCCUUUUGGGAACUAUCUCAUGCAGAAGCUACUUGAAUUAUGCAGUGAAGAACAACUGAUGCAGAUCCUCCUAGUGUUGAAGGAUCCAGAUAACCUCAUCAGAAUCUCCCUGAACGUUCAUGGGACGAGGGCUGUGCAGAAGUUAAUAGAUACCCUCAAAACUAAGAAGCAAAUUGCACUGGUUAUAUCAGCCAUACAACCUGGGUUUUUAGAUCUCAUCAAGGACUUGAAUGGCAGCCAUGUGCUCCAACGCUGCUUGGAAUCUUUUACACCUGAAGACAAUAAGUUAAUUUUUGAUGCUGCGGCAAAGCAUUGUGUUGAUAUUGCUACUCAUCGACAUGGAUGUUGUGUGUUGCAAAAAUGCAUAGCCCAUUCUACUGGAGAAAAUCAAGCAAAGUUGAUUGCAGAAAUUUCUGCUAAUGGUUAUGAACUUGCUCAAGAUCCGUUUGGAAAUUAUGUUGUCCAGUAUAUACUAGAUCUGAAGAACUCCUUGGCAGUUGGAAACUUGGCAUCUCAGUUUGAAGGGAAGUAUGUACAGCUCUCCGUACAGAAAUUUAGCAGUAACGUGGUGGAAAAAUGCUUGAAGAUUUUGGGUGAAGAUGAUCGAGCUACUAUAAUAUUGGAAUUGAUUUCAGUCUCACACUUUGAGCAAUUAUUGCAAGACCCUUACGCAAACUAUGUUAUCAAAUCUGCUCUUCUAAAUUCCAAGGGCCCUGUCCGUGCUGCACUAGUAAAAGCUAUGCUUCCUCAUGAAGCAGCCCUGAGAACCAACCCUUACUGCAAGCGAAUCUUUUCACGGGCUCUAUUGAAGAAGUGAUGUAAAUUCUGAAGUUGGCGGAUCUUUGUUGUUGUCCAUCAAUAGAACCCACCUGUCAUGGAGUUUCAAUUGUAAGUGUGUAGUUUCUUAUUUAUCAAGUUGUAAGAGUUGUAAAAGUAACAGUUUUGCCUUUGGAUGAUGCUCUCGACAAUAUAUCCUCUCUAAUAUUUUGCUGUCAUCGUCUCACAGGCUAAAUCACCCUUACAGCUUGGUUAUUAUAUAGUGUAAAGGAAACAUCUAACAAAAC